AAGCACGCGUCUACCAUAGCAGUGGCGUCUUCAUUGCGGAUGUUACUCUCGGGAUGAUCAGCUUUGAGUGUAUUGACUUGACCUGCUGAAUGUUUAUCACGUUGGACAGGUCAUAACCGGGACUCCAGGGAUCGAAGUUGCUCCAUCAUGCUCCGGAUUGUCUUCUCUGUGUGUAUUUGCGAGUUGAGGCUGAGGACGCCCGGGUUGUCGGCAUUGAAACUUUGAGAUUAGUGAUUGGUAGGAGUGUAUCCGCCUUCAGAGCUGGGUUGGGUAGGGUACUGUCCUCCCAAAUGUGAAGCUCGUUGAUGCUGAUAAGGAGGACUAGGGUGGGAGCCGGGAACGAAGUGGUGGCGCUUGUUUGGUUGGGGAUGUGUGGUUCAGGUAAAAGGGCGCCGAGAGUUAUUAAUUUAAGGAGCUGGAACUUCAGGGUGAUUUUAAACAGGUUUUUGAACUCGUCUUGAUGGCUCUUUAGUAAGGAAUCGCAUCUCGAGUUCAGCAUAGGUGGAUAGCUUGGGAUUACCCAAGAUCAUCUGUUUAGUGAUAUCGUAGUCGUGUGGGAGAUUAGAGAUCGUAUACCACACCACGACCGCUUUGGGGAGAGGGACGCCGAUAUCUUCAAAGGUGUGGGCGGUCUCCAUCUCCGUCAAGUAUUCGUCCAUGGUGAUGUUACUUGUCUUUCUAAUGUUAUUUUAUUUAUUUUUUUUUCAAUCAGAUGCACUUUGCGAGGAUUGUUGUUUGUUAUGUACCUGGUUUUCAGAUGAGUCAAGCACUCAUACGGAUCUGAAAAACGUUUCAUGAUCCGGAGGGCAGUAUGCUUGGCGUUGUUGUUGAGAAUACUAAAAGCGUCUCACGACCUUUUUCUUCAGCCGUGGAUAGUGGUGAUGUAGAAGCUGGAGUGGUACACCAUUUGUAUAAGCCGACUCGCUUGAGCACAUUCUUGAUCACAAAUGGCCACAUGCCAGUGAGGUGAUACGACUCCGGAAGUGUGUUCAUGCCUUGUGGUGAGCUCGAGGACAUAGUACUGGAAGCUCGAUGUUGUGGAGGGGAAGAGGUGCAAUCACUACUUCUACCAUGACGUGCAUUGCUAAUAGUUAAUUCAGAGUCUGACCCUGAGUUCGACACGCUCUACCGUAAAAAGUGGAUCUUGCCACUACUCACAGUCGUGACACUGAUACCAUGUAGAACACUGCAUACAGAAGAGAUCAUGUAAAACACUGUGCAGACAGAAGAGAUCAUGUAAAACACUGCAGACAGAGACACUGUACCCGAAGACUAGAGGGAACAAUCAGUUCAUUGAACAAAGAGAAAACAGUCGAGCUAAGUACUACGAUGGGAACUAAAAGAGUCUCUAGUGUUUGAUCAGAGAACGUCGUUCUCGCAAUAGGGAACGAGAUUGUAGCCGCAAAGGGGUGUCAACCUUAAGGGUGAGAGCAACUGCUCACAGCAGCAACCAUAACGGGGCAAUUAGGACCAUGAAUUCUACAAUGGCGCACAGGAUGAAACCACUGCAAUAGAUUUUAAACCAACAUCAACCUGCAAUUGAGCACCACAACACAAAAAGUGAACAAGGAGGCAACAACACCACCGCCUCUAAUCGCAUCUUGAAGAGCUCCCAACAGAAAAGUGCACCACAGACGCCUAUACCGCAAUUAAGCCGUCACUCAAAAUAACACUAUCCUAACGAGAGCAAGAGGAAGAUGACACCAAUGAGCACAGAGUCGAAAUUCGAGAGUGUGAGGCGAGAGUAAGAACGGGAAUUCAAGUGGGCAAUGAAAUUCAAGACCACAUCCUCAAUGAAAGGUUUGAUUGCUACGACGAAUGUUCAUUGGCAACAACAGAGCCCGACUGUUUACACCCCAGGCCAUGUGAAAGGAUGUUUGAGGAUUGCCAUCCGCAUGGGGAUGAGAGAGAUGGCAGUUGACAAGUGACGAAGGGGUUAGCGGAGUUCUGAAAAGACUGCUGCUCUCCAACUGCCGUGGAAUUCUUUUCAACUGGACUGGACUGAUCCCAUCCUUGCUUUCAUGUCCACUAGAACUGCCUUGGAGCUGCUCCACAGAUCAUGAAUCACUUCUUGAUUUCAUUCUACUCAAUAUUUUUACUCUAGUCACGAGUUGAACUCAUCUCAAUCUCAUUCACGAGAUUUGAAUCAUGAUCGAAAUCAGGACAGAGCGUGUAGCUUUGAUUGGAACUCGGGUUACGGAGAAUGAUUGAGUUGUAGGAUCUUUUUGAAUUGAUCAGAUAUCCGUGUUUUGAAAUUGUGGGUAUCUUUGCUUGUUAAUAAGCAAAUAACCAUCAAACCUCAAGUUGCAGCCAUGGCUGAAAAUCCAGAAUCGCUACCGGCUGACGACACUGCUGCUGCUACCCCUCCUCCUCCUCCUCUUCCGGAUCCUGCUCCAGCCAACCCAGCAUCGGAGGGAGACCCAGGAGCUGUGAAUUCAGCAGAAGCUGUCGGACUGCCUGCAGCAGCGUCAGCGGAGCAACCAGCACCACUGAAGGAGUUAAUUCUAGAGGAGAAGGGGAAAUUAAGAAAGGAGCGGUUUCGAGUAGAAAAAAAAGUAAAGGAGCGGAUUCGAUUAGAAGACGAGGCAGAAUUAAAGCGGCUUCGAUUAGAGGACGAACGAACUCGAUUGAAAGAAAAGGUAGAGUUCGAGCGGAUUCAAUUAGAAGAAGAACGGAUCCGGUUAGAGGAAGAACGAACUCGCUUUGAUGAAGAGGCCGAACUCGAGCGAAUUGGCUUAGAAGCAGGCCAGAGGAAGUUGGAACAAGAGGAGCAGGCGAGGAUGGAAGCAUCUCGCUUGCGUGUAAUAAUUGAGGCGACAAUUGAAGAAGUGGUGGGUCUGAAACACGAGAAUGCGGAGCUUCAAAGGCGGAUAGUCAAUCUGCAAAAGAGGAGAAAGUCUGUCCAUGCGGACCAGUUUAUACUGGAAGGCCAAGACACGUUUUACAAAUCUUGCCUGACCGACUGGGCAGAGACGAGAUGUGAAUUCAACAAGAUAAAACACAUAUAUGACAAGAAGAUUGACAGUCUGCGUGGGGGGCUUCAAAAAAAGCAGUAUGAAGCGAGUGCUAGGUUCGAGGGAAUUAUUCAUUAUAUAUACAAGAUAGCCAGAUUCUCUGCGGACAUCAUCUCCAGGAAGGGUAUACCAAGACAUGUGCUCCAAGAGUUGGAACUUGAGGAGCGGGACACUCUCAUGGAAAUGCAAAUCGUUCGAACCCGGGGACGUCAGCUAAAAUGCCAGCUAGAGAAACUCAAGAACACACUGGCACUCAAGGACCAACUCCAACUGGGCAGUGGAAACCUGCACUUGGUGGACUAUGAGCAACUGCAAAUGGAAAACGAGUUACUCAAUGAGAAGUUUCAUCUGAAAAAAAAGGCUUUGUCGGCCUUGAGGAAGAAAAGAACCCAGUCUGUGCACUUACUCCAACACAUUAGAGAAAAGCUUCAUUUCCUUGUUACUGAAUGUAAGGAAAAAAGAGAACAAUUAGCAAGGGAUGAAAUUACUUUGCAUGAAGGACGUAUGAAGUUCUCAUCUGUGAAGUCUUCAAUUUUGGCUGAAAAUCGUAAGGGGGAGGCUGAGCAGAAAAACAUUGUAUACAUCAAGUCCUCAAUAAUAAUGGACGACAUGAACAAUGUAAGAGAGGAUCUCGAAGAAGAAGAAAAGAAUUUCGAAGAUCUUAAUUAUCUCCAUCAUGACUUGACUGUCAAAAUUCAACGGUAUAAAAAUAGGCUUCGCGCUUUCAGGGUGUUGAAACCGCAUACUGCCAGAGCCUUCAUCGGAGCUAGACCACGAACUCCGUGCAGAUGGGGCAAUAGACGUGAGGUUCUAGGCCAUGCAGUGAUUCAAAAUAAGAUACGUGUGAUGACCAAACAGUCGGCUGCUAAGAGGUUAAUGGUCCCCUGAUUGAUAUAGAGAGCACAAAUGUGCAAAAGCGUUGGUAUUUGCAAUGAGGUGAUAGAACAGUAGCAACUUAUAGCUGCCCCUGAGAACAGCUCAGUUUGUCAAGUAAUUCGCACCGUUGAAACAUCUUCAAUCCACACAUCAACACCUCUUUAACAUCACAUUCUCAAGUGAGGUAAUGCGAAGUGUAUUGACUUAAUGGUAAAGACAGCUAUAAAAGGAUACAAAACAGUUGAGAAAAGGAAAUUGGAAUU